GCCAUCUCCAACCCCGAGUUAAUCCCCAAUCCUAAAUAAUCUUUAAAGCAGAAUAUAACGAAGAUGCGCGCCUUCAUCCGCCUUCUUUAUGCGACGCCGUCCAACAUCGGCUCCGUCUCAAGCCUUACCGAAGCCCUCGCCCUCCUCCCACCCAUCCCGCUCUACCGCCGAAUCCUCCGCGUGCACCGCAAGAAGCUCGAUCCCGAAAUGCGCAUUCUAGGAGACUCAUACCUGAAGAGCGAGUUUCGCGCUCACCGGAGGACGGAAAACCCGCUGCAUAUUAUCGGGUUCCUCACGGAGUGGCAAUUGUAUGCGCAAAAGCUAGAGGGGGAUUCGUGGAUCGGCGAGAAGCUGGAUAAGGGCAAAUUGGAUAAGAUGAGUGACCAGCAACUUGGGCAGCUGUACGAGUUGAUGCAAACGAUUCGGAAUAAAGAUGGGGAAGGGAAUGAAUAGACCGGCUUAUAUCUGGUCUUGGCCGGGGAGCGGAAAUGGCCUGGUUAAUUGACAACCCCGGUGUGCUAUAUUCCAGGGCAAUGCUAUAUUCUAGCGCUUAUUAUUGCCGGCGUUGAAAACUGUUGAUGAUCUUUGUAAUACUUAGAUUUCUGUAUAUACUGAGUACUCCAUUGGCGUCUUUGUUACUGCUACUAUACCAUCUUUGGAGAGUUUCCGAGAUACAAACUGUUCAAUAUGCGCAAACUAAAACCCGCGCGGCAUAUACGUAGUGCUGGGACACCUUCUACUAACUUACAUGUCAUCGUAACCUAGGCAAAGGAGAUCAUGGAUUCCUAGACAUUGAGCUCGUUAUGGCUGAUACUGAGGUAUA